GAGGAGAACAGUUCACAGUGUGACCAUCAGAGGUAAGUCUGUUCACCUAGACGGAGUGCUGAAUCACUGUCGGUCAUGGACGGUUCCGGUCACUCACACGUCAAAUACUCCAAUGGCGUGAGAGAAGAUUUAAAUGUAACGGUCGUAAAUGGAGACGUGACCGACAAAAAACAAAAGUCCUGCGCUAGACUCCGGAGCUGCAUCCCGCUGGUUUACCGACAGGAGCUGAAGCAGCUAGUCAAACUGGCGGGUCCAGUGAUCAUUUCACAGAUGAUGGUCUUCAUGAUCAGCUUCGUCAGCACUGUCUUCUGUGGCCACCUGGGGAAGAUUGAACUGGCUAGCGUGGCGUUAUCAAUAGCGGUGGUGAAUGUCACUGGUGUUUCCAUCGGCAGUGGUCUAUCGCUGACCUGUGAUACCCUCAUAUCUCAGACUUAUGGGAGCGGUAACCUGAAGCGCGUGGGUGUGAUUCUCCAGAGGGGGGUUCUCAUUCUACUCAUGGCCUGUUUCCCCUGCUGGGCCGUUCUCAUCAACACUGAACCUCUGCUGCUGGCCGUCCAACAGAGUCCAGAGAUCGCCAGCCUCUCACAGCUGUAUGUGAAGGUCUUCAUGCCUGCUCUGCCUGCAUCCUUCAUGUACCAGCUACAAGUGAGGUAUCUUCAGAACCAGGGAAUCAUUUGGCCUCAGGUUAUAACUGGAGUGAUUGUCAACAUCCUCAAUGCUGUCAUUAAUUACGUCUUCCUCUUUGUUCUGGAUCUGGGUGUUGCUGGAUCUGCAGCGGCCAAUUCCAUCUCUCAGUAUUUCCUGGCAGGGAUCCUGUUCAUUUAUAUCUGCGGUCGGGGUUUGCACAAGGCCACAUGGUCAGGUUGGUCCCUGGACUGUCUGCAGGAGUGGGGACCAUUCAUCCGUCUGGCCAUUCCCAGCAUGCUCAUGCUGUGUCUGGAGUGGUGGAUGUUUGAGAUCGGGGGCUUUCUGUCCGGAGUGAUCAGCGAGACAGAGCUGGCAGCCCAGUCUAUAAUAUAUCAGAUGGCUGUCAUAGCCUACAUGUUCCCUCUAGGGUUCUCCGCUGCCGCCAGUGUCCGGGUUGGAAAUGCACUUGGUGCAGGAAACGUAGGGCAGGCCCAGCUGUCAUGUAAAGUCACGAUCGUCAGCUCGUUCACUGUCGGAGUUUUUGUGGGCUUCAGUUUCACUAUAGCCCGACAUGUGGUUGGAUACAUUUUCACUAAAGAACUAGACAUCAUAGAGCGAGUGGGGGACGUCAUGUUAGUGUUUGGAUUCAUGCAUCUUCCUGAUGCUGUGGCGGGAGUAGCAGGUGGAGCUCUGAGAGGAGCAGGAAAACAGUUGAUCGGAGCUCUGUGUAACCUGGUGGGAUAUUACUGCAUCGGGUUCCCCAUAGGCGUCUCCCUGAUGUUUGCAGCAAAGAUGGGGAUUGUAGGGCUAUGGACUGGGCUCUGCAUUUGUGUGCUAAUGCAGGCCAUUUUCUUCGUCACAUUUCUGUGUAAGCUGGACUGGAAUAAGGCUUCAGAAGAGGCUCGUGUAAGAGCCGGUGUGCAGCUGAAAGAAGAAAAACAGACCAGGAGGAAACGUUCAGGUAAACACUGCAGCACUGAAAAAAAUGGAAAGAUAUCAUACCAAGACAGAGACCAUGGUACUGCACAGAUGGGGGCAGUGUAGGAUAUACAGUAUAUGAAGAUGCUGAAGCAGCAACGAGUCAUAGAGACAUAAUGAGACAGAUGGGACAUAUUUACGUAAAGUUUAUUAAAGUUAAGUCCGGAGUCUCCGUCAUACCCAUCAUGAUCACAGAUGAGUUCUAAUUUGGUAAAAACCAAAACUCCAAAACCAAAUGCAGUAAUAUAUGGUUUGCAGUCCCUUUAAACCUAACGUGAUCUGCUCGUAACAACAGUGUGUGUUGUGUUCAACCUGAACGUACUUUGGCCAUGAGAAUAUUCAACCUGGCAGUGGGUGAUGGACUCGACUUCAUGAACUUCUAUGAACUCUCCAUGAUCUCCUUUUCCUGCAUUUCCUGUGCCGACCAGUCCGCUCUGUUUCAUGUGAGCAUGGCGGCAGUGCAGGAUAAAAUAAUUGAUUGGAGUUAAAGAAGAAUCAAGAUGAGAAAUCAUGGAUGUGUCGAAGAAAAAACUUUGGAGAUGAAGCUGCCAGACUGGUAAAGGAAGAAGACUCCAGAAAGGUCCAGGCUUGGAGUGAAGAAGGACAUGAAGAUGGCUGAGGGAACAGUACAAGAGGCUGAAGACAGAGACAGAUAGAAGCAGAGGGUCCACAGUCGUCACCCUCGAAGCAGGAAGCCUGUAGAACAUGAAGGAGUGAGUCUAAAUGUGCAUUCUUGUCU